AUGGAUGUGAGUGCUCUAUCAAUGGCGGGGGACGCCGGCCAGGCCCCCUCCACCUCAAGUCGUCACCUCGACGACGGCUGCAAACCUUCCACUGAGCGUCAGGAACAUCCUCUCCCUGAGGAAGCUUCUCCCUCAGCUUCGACAUCGCCCACGCGUCAGGAACAUCCUCUUCCUCCUCCUCUGGCUGCCGUGGCAGGUCCCCGUCCUGCCCCAACUUACUCGGUCCUCAAUGCUGUCAUUGAGAAGAAGGAGGACGGUGCCGGUUCGAGGUGUGGGCACACGCUGACAGCCAUCGGGGCCGUCGGUGAGGAGGGCACACGAGGUUAUAUAGGCGCUCGCCUUAUCCUCUUCGGCGGCGCUACCGCCCUCGAGGGCAAUUCUGCAGCCCCUCCAUCCCCUGCAGGGAGUGCUGGCAUUCGUAUGAAUCUCCAUUCUUCUUUGCUCUGCUCUGUUCUGCUCCCCAUCUCUCUCUCUCCUCUCCCUUUAUAUUUUAUUUUCAUUGUUCGUAUAGACCUGUUAUUGCCUGCGCACGGUACACGGAGAAAAUAUCAACCGUAUUGUACUCAGUUGCUUCUGACCAAUUUCUGGUUGUUCGGAUGGUCGCUGACACUGAAAUUAUGUAAUUAUCGGCAUGCAGAACAAGCCUUUGUCUUGUUGUCUCGUUUGAUUGAUGAAAUUCCUAUUCAGAUUAAAGAGGGAAAUGAAACACGAUUAAGGAAGCUGACACCUCCUUUAAAAAAAAACUUGGGGAUUGACUUAUAUCAUGCUCUUCUGUCGUAGGGGCAGUUUUACGGGGACUGCUUAUAAGCCAUCAUUAUGUCUUGAAUUCCAGGUCUUGCUGGAGCAACAGCGGAUGUACACUGCUAUGAUGUGCAGGCAAAUAAAUGGUCAAGGCAAGUACCUAAUAUCUUCCUAUUUCUUAAAUGACCAGCAUGGUGUCUAAGCUGUUUUAGGUGUCUCGUGAGGAUCUUGUUUACUUUUCUUAAUCAGCCUGUCGAACAGUGAAACGCUUUGCAAACACUAGUAGAGUUUGUGCAUACUCAUAAAGUUUUUUUCUAUUAUCUCAUGUAUGGCUUAGUUAAACUGAACUCUUGUUCAGGCUUAAACCUGUUGGAGAGCCUCCCUCACCUCGGGCAGCACAUGUUGCAACUGCUGUGGGUACCAUGGUGGUCAUUCAGGUGUAUACAGGGAAUAGACCCUAAAACUAGCCUUUUAUUUGGUUUGUGAUCGUUAUUUUUGCAGACGGUGAAUGAAACUCAUUUUAGAAUUGGCCUUGAUUUGUUCUAGGGUGGGAUAGGUCCUGCUGGCUUAUCUGCUGAGGAUCUUCAUGUUCUUGACUUAACACAACUACGACCACGUUGGCACAGGUUUUUGAUGCAUCUAUUUUAUCUCUUUAUUUCUUGUCUGUCUAAUGUUCCACACAUUGCUCAAAGGAACCUAUGAACAUAAGUGCAGGGUCACUGUCCAAGGACAAGGGCCUGGACCACGCUAUGGGCAUGUGAUGGCUCUAGUGGGCCAAAGAUAUUUGCUGGUAAUAGGAGGAAAUGAUGGUAAGCAGCAUUUUCAUUUCCAGAUAUGUAGGUUUAACUUUUCAAUGGGUUUUUCAAAGAGUUUGCUAGUAGGUGCUUACUGUAUAAAAUCUGUACAAUUUCUUUAGGAAAGCGUCCUUUAGCUGAUGUUUGGGCAUUAGAUACUUCUGCCAAGCCUUAUGAGUGGAGGAAAUUGGAACCAGAGGGGGAGGGCCCUCCUCCAUGCAUGUGAGUGCUCUUGCUUGUGCUUGCCUUACCUUUUGUUCUAUUCUCAUAAUUGCUCACACUUGCAUGAAGGUUAUGAUCUUUGAAUUGAGGACAGCUGUGUGCUGUAAUUGUUCAUAUACUCUGUGAGAAUUAAGAAACAGUAAUUCUCACAAACCACAAGCAAAUAAGAGAAGAUGAAAGAGAAACAUCAUUAUCUAUUGUGGUUCUCUCUCAAUGCAAGAUCUACAGUCACUUGCCUCUGCAGAAUUUUACCAUCAACUUUGUAUAGUCGUAACAUGCCUUCACACUGACAGAUGUCCUACUUCUGGCUUAUAUACGUUGGGAUUAAGACAGACCCUUAACAUGAAAGAGUGUCUUUGGUAGAGUAUACUCAAACAAUAAAAGCUGGGGGGUCUGGCCCACGACCCCCAAGAGGGGGGCCUUGCUGCCCCCUUCCAACCCCCUCGUCGACCUUAAAGGUUGAUCCACGUGCUAACUCUGCAUUUUAGCAUAGCUAGGCUCCAUAGAACACAACAAACUCACUCAAGAAAUCCAUUUAUUGCUGUAUGGGGUACUAUUGCUUAUUUUACCAGCUUGGUGAAAACGAAAUGAAGAUUUCAGAUAUGACUGUUUAGAUAUUCAGAAUCGAUUUACAACACAGCAUAUGCUUGACGACUCAUAUUAUUGACAUUUAUUGAUGGUUUCUAGCUGGCAAUAAGCUAUGCUUGAUUCUUUUGGAUCAUGGCAAUCCACAUAUUAGGCUGAAAUAAUUUAAUUACAUAGAAAUUGUGAUUUCUUUAAUGAAACUGGGAUAAGAAUUAUGAUGAUAACUCUCCAUUUAUUGAGAUCACAUCAUAGAGUUAUACGCAAAACAAUGUACAAUUGUGUACAUAAUAAAACGGUAGAAUUUAGAUGGUAGUUUCGGAAAAAAGUUGCAUAUCUUUCUCAUGUUCCAAAUGCAUGAAUGACUGCUUGAUUCAUCCAAAAUCAAAACAAGAUUACGAGAAAUUUUAUAUUUCCCGAGAAUGGAAUGUAAAUAUAAAGUUCGAAGAUAACAGAAAAGGGGUUAGAUUGGGUUCUAGAAGGAACCCUUGCUCCAGUUUCUGGUGACCUUUCAAGAGGGUCAUUGCUCUCAUCCGCAAGCUGCUGCCUGCCAAAAAAUCUCGUCCUCCCCUUCCCUCAACACGUCCUAACCCUAGUAACUCUCUUCCCUCUUUCAAGACAUUGACUUAUUUACUUCCCUCUCCAGGCUUCCGUGUGAGAUGUGAUAGGUAAUGCCAUGUAAAGCUGAAUGCAAGACUGGCAGUCAUGCAUUAAGACUGGUAAUUUUAGAACAUUUAUUCAUCUUGUUUCUGUAUGUGUAUCAUUUUUUUAAAAUUUUAAGAACCUAUUCAUCUUGUUUCUUUAUUUGAAUCAUUCUUUGUUUGUAUUAAAUUGAAUUUGUUCUUUGUUUCAAGUGUAAUACUUUGCUGUGUCUUUUUUUUUUCCCUGAUAGUAUUGUGUGGUUUUCUUCUCCGAGUCAUAGGCUGCUUCUCUUAUGUUUAUAAAUAGGUAUGCCACUGCAAGUGCACGGUCUGAUGGUCUUCUUCUGCUUUGUGGCGGUAGAGAUGCAAGCAACGUUGUAAGAUAUUGUUUUAUGUUAAGGCUAGAAUGUUGAUUAUAAAUAGCACAAAAUUCUUUAUUUCUUUAUGCUAUAUAGAUUAUAUAUAAUUUUUUGCAAUUUCAAUUCCACCAGUUGACUUGUUUUAUGAAUAUGUCAUAUGUUAAGAGUCAGAUAUUUGUUCUUGUCGGGCCCAUUAUUUGUUCCUGUCGUGCCCAUUAUUUGUUCCUGUCGUGACCUUAACUUUGCUGCAUGAUCUAUAUUCUCCCUAUUAUAUGCGGAGAUUCCCUUUAUUUCAUGGCUGUAUGAACUUUAACUUCAACCAAGAAGAUAAUUUUGUACCUGUAAAUUUGUUUCAUGAGACUUAUAACAUACCUUUCAUGGCCCAAUUUUUUAUUUCAGAUGUUCUGUACCAGCUAGAAAGUCGAUAUUAGGCAAGGUAGUGAGAAGUUUGUUGCAUCUUUGGAUCUUGUACAUCCAACGUUGUUGUUAAAGCAACUAAGGUAAAUAAGGAGUAAGUCGAUCAUGCAAAGGCAAGAAGUCAUGCUUCCUUAUGAAGCCCAGUUUUCAGAGGAAUUUAAUGGACAAUGACCUCUCUGUACAGAAUAUCUGAUGCUAGUUGACUCAUUGAUAUUUGUGACAAAUUUAUAGCCAUGUACAAAUAACGAGAGAAGCGGUCAUUAUUUUUAAAGUAUCAUGGGGCAUUUCAUCCUCAUGAUAUUUGUGAAUUAUAUGAUGAUUAUUAUAGCCGCCUUUAGCCCACAGCAAGCAAAGAAGAAACAUAAAAGUGUCAAGAAGAAUAUGCAGCAUCACAGAAAGGUGCAAACUUCUUUUCUCUUCUUGUAUGACAAGAUAGAGGUGAUUAACAUAAAUGGACCAGAAUGACAUUUUUUCUUGUUAUGGGUCACUUUGAAUUCUGAUGUACGAGGAUCAUGUUCCCUUUCCACUCCUCUUGACCAGUUUAGUGUGUGCAAUACAAUCUCGUUGGUCAUUUAUCUUAUGUUUCUGUAAUUUUCUGAAAAUUUAUUUAAUUUCUUUUACCCUGUAGCCUUCAAUAGAUUUAAGUUGAAAAGUUUACAACGGCAGCUAUAGGGUAUACAGAAUGAAUGUCGGUUUUGUUGCAGUAACAGAAGAAUAAUUCGGACGCGAUUGAUAAUUUAAAUAUUUUUUUUAUGACACAUGAUAUCUUUGUGGAAAUCGCCUAAACAGGCUUCCUUUCGGUUUUACACUGGAAAAUACUGUUUCUGCGAGAAAUCCAUCUACGUUUCACUGCCAAGCUCAACAUUCCUUGUCACCAUCAAUUGAUGGCAAAGGUUUCUUGUUUCCCAUCUCAAUUUCUGGUGUUCAGUAGGGGAUGUUCAGGCAUUUGAAGGAAAUCAAUGUAUUUACCAACUAUCUUUUUAAGGUUUCUCUCCAAAAUAUAGAUCACGGAUACAACCUGCUAGAUUCAUCAAAAUCGCAUAGAUAUGCUUGUUCUUUCAUGUGGUAUUUUUGUGGAAUUGCUGAAAUUUUACAGAUAAUAUUUCCACCCCAUCAUCUACCCCCCCCCCCCCUCCCCCGAAUUUUAUUUUCCAUCCAUUACCCGGUUGAAAAUCAGCAGAUAUUAUUAGGACCUCUGUUAGAUGGAUUUCUGUUCCCGAAUUUCAGACAAUCUAGUCCUAUUAAUUGCAAUAAACCUCCAUUCAUUCUUAUUUCUGCUGUACUUCUCUACUCUCUUUCUCGCUCUCAAUUAACAUUUAAAAGAGCUGAUCCAUUGAAAACGUCCAUUUUAACUAGCCAAAUGACAUAGAAAAUAAUGAUGCCUAAAUUAGCUGCAGUCUCUUUUUCAAAGACAAUAAUACAUUUGACAAAUUGAAAAUGAGCGAGAAAUCUUUGACUUUGAUCUACUUCAAUUUCUUUAAUUUUUUCUCCUGUUGCAACUUUUUUCUUCAUUGCACUAGGAUUUUGUCCUUAUUGUAGAUAUAAGAGAUCCCCUUGUCUCAAUCCCCGAAUGCUUUUAAUUAACCAUUUGAUUUACCAUUGGUAAAAAAAUAGAGUCCUGUUGUUGAGGUAUAACUUGUCUCUCAAGCUUAAUGCUGUUUUUAUCCUAUUCAAACUAAUAUUCUGGCUAAUCAUUCCAUUUUAUUUUUUCAUAUCCUUUCUUCAAACUCUAGCAUAAGUGUCAUAUAUUUUGUAAAGUCGUCUAGUCUAUACUUUUCGGCCACAGAAGCAGGUUUGACUUUUAUGGAUAAAGUAUGCCCAUGCUAAGUUAAUACAUGGGUCUAUUCAACAGUGCUAUGUACACACUAUGCAGAUAUCAAAACAAACACGUGUAUGACAUUAUGUCCUUGUUUGUGCAAUUAUUUUCUUUAGAGAGAUGCCCAAAUAUAGAUCGUUCUUUACAUCCACAGAACACUGAUUUUCAAUGGGAUUCUGUUCUUCAAAUGUGGAUGGACUGUCUGUAUAAUCUGCUUCGGGUUCUGUAUGAUCUAUGUGACUCACAUGAGGCUUUAAUAUAUUUUUAUGUAGCCUCUAUCUAGUGCAUAUGGUCUUGCAAAGCAUAGAGAUGGUCGCUGGGAAUGGGCCAUCGCUCCUGGAGUCUCACCUUCUCCAAGAUAUCAGCAUGCGGCUGUGGGUCUUUUUUAAUUUUAAUUUCAAUUAUUUAGUCUUCUUCAUUGCCAUUUACAGAUGUCAUAUUUACAUGCAAUCUGUGGUGUUCUCAGGUAUUUGUUAAUGCACGUCUUCAUGUUUCGGGUGGAGCACUUGGCGGUGGCCGAAUUGUAGAGGAUUCAUCAAGCAUUGCAGGUGUUUUUACUGUGUUUUACUCGGUUACAUUUCUGAUUUCUCAAAUUUAUGUGAUGGCAUCUUUAUGAGUAGUGGCAUAGACUGUCAACAAGUGCUACGGUUUACUGAAGGUUUACGAAGGUCCAAAUGAUGAAGAAUACAGAAAUAUAAAUGCAAAAGGGAUUGACAAGUAUGUCUCUUUGUUGCUUGGAACAUAUCUUGGUGGACGAUUUUGAUGUGAAAAUGUAAUCUUCCAAUGAGAUUGAAAUGUUUCUCUGAAAGCUAGCCCACAAAGAAUCCUAAGUGAUUAUCAAAUUCAGGUGAUGAAGCCCAGCAUAAACAACAAAUAGGUUUACAAAGAUUGUCUAGGAAGGUCAUGGGCCAUCUUUUUCUAUAUUGCAGCAAUACAGCUGUUAUAAGACAUUUUCAUUGAGAAGGGCAUAUUAAAUUCACCGUCAUUUGAAAAUAAUAGAUUACUCCACUCAGUGUCGUUUUGUUUUGAGUUGGAUGUCCCAAUUUUUUAGCAUUGUAUGAGUUCUACGUUUUCUCCCAUAGGAGUGUCACCAAGAUGUCAGGAUGCCAGUGUCCGCAUGAUGGAAUAAACUAUAAGUCCUACAGUGAAAGAGGCAGAUCAAAAAUGUAUUUAGAUAUAUAUAUAUGCUUAAUUCUCUCAUUGCUAAUUAUUUUAGAAUUGAAAAUGUCAAAUUAAACCAUUAUAGUGAAAUACAUUUUCUACUCUACAUUCUCAAUUAUUCUUGAGUAGAAAAUUUUCGUUUUAGAAUGCUGCAUUAUUAAUUUUCCUAGAAAAUAAUCUUUAAAUAUAUGCAAUUCAUUGAAUAAACUUAAAUAUUUUUAGUGACAAUUGAUGAAAUAGAAUUCAGUGUGAGCCUCAGCUUUUCAAAGAUAUGGAAUCUCUUUGGAUGUUAUUCUUAACUAAUGUACUAUUCUUCCCAUGGGUUUUUAUUCAUUAAUCACUUGAUUUCAUUUAUCACAGGUAAUAUAUCAAUUAAUUACUGCUUUAUAGCACUGGCUGGUGCUAUAAUGCACAAGCCUCGCAUUGAGCACAGGUUGAUCCAAGUUGUCUGUUUGGAUUUCUAACAAGCUUGUCUCUUUUUUAGUGUUGGACACUGCUGCCGGAGUUUGGUGUGAUACCAAAUCUGUCGUCACUAGUCAAAGGAAAGGGAGAUAUAGUGCUGAUGCUCCUGGUGGAGAUGCUUCUGCUGAACUAACACGGCGUUGUAGGCAUGCCGCAGCUGCAGUAGGUGAUUUGAUCUUCAUAUAUGGCGGACUUCGUGGAGGUAAUGGAGGUACAGAGUUUGAGAGAAGACCAUUUCAGUUUUAAAUUUUCUGUGAUGAUUGCAAAUUAUGAAAUGUGCUCAAAUAACAGUUCAUUGUGUAUGAUUUUCAAGUUAUUUUGUCUUUAGGACAUCAUGAGAAAACUAGCAUUUUUAGAGAGCACUUGAAUCCUUUCAUUAAGGCAUCUUGAUUAUUUAAUAUGCGUGAAGAGUACCAAAUACAUCAUAAUUUAUCUUUCUUUUGUUUUUUCAGUAGUUUCGAUUCUUAAACAUAUUUUUUUCCUCAAAGAAGAUUAAAAAAAGUAGGAAUACUGAAGUAAUUAUGAUAGUCAAAAUUAUAUGGUUUUUGGAGACUGCCAUUAUUGAGCCUGUUCUCUUCUGUAGUGGGCUGUGAACAUUAUAUUAAUAACCUGUGCUAUACUCCCUUGUGAAAUAUAAUUAUUUGUUAUUAUUGACGUUACUUUUUUCUAGUGCUGCUUUAGCGACUGUCAAGGCGCUCUGCUUGGCUCAGGCACUCAUGUUCUCUCUUCUUUAACAAGCCAGUAGUACUGCUUAAUCAGUUGUAAUCAGCUUGACCAGUUACUGUCAUAGGUUAGGCUAAUCGUAUAGAAGCAUGGAUAUAUAUAUAGGCUAACCUGAAGUGUACAUGGUAACUGUACUGCAUUAUGGCGUUACUUGUAUAUGGCUCUCACAUAAAAUAGGUAUGUCGUCUUAUCUAAAAAGAGUUAAAUAAACUAUCUCCAUUUCAUAGUACUGAUGGUGCCCUUGCGUUACAUGCUCACUGGUGGUUAAUGUGUUACGUAUUCUGUUAUUUGCUAUAUAUCCCCUUACAUAUCUCACUCUGCUGAACUUGGGGCACAUGGAAUCAAAUUAAGGUCAGCGAAAUGAAUGUGAUCCUGAGCCAGGAUCAAAGUCACUUUUCAAUUAGAUGACUAUAAAAUGAUUUUUGCUUUACAGACACUUAGUUGGGUUAAUCUCACCUGUAAUGUGGAUUAUGGGCGACAUUAAGUGGAUUAUAUGAGCCCGGUGUCUACAUCCUAUGGAUUUAAUCAGUCUAGCAGUCCACUUAGAAUGAUAAUCCUACUAUGAUUUUCUGUAAAAUACAGGUGUGCUACUGGACGACUUGUUUGUUGCUGAAGAUCUGGCUGCUGCUGAGAUAACAAGUGCAGCCCAUCCACAGCAUGAAAAGUUCCCUGGAAAAGAUGGGUUCGUUGAAGGAAGAACAAAAGAAGGUAUUGCAGAAGCAGUUCCAGAUGGUGCUGUUCUAGUGGGAAGUCCUGUCGAUCCCCCAGUAAAUGGGGAUUUACAUAGUGUAAGCAGUGAAAAUGUGAUGCUCCAUGGUCCUAGGUAAUCCUUCAAUUCUGAUUAGAUGUAUGCCUGAGAAUGAUGUCCUUUUCAUUUCUUUCUACAUGGAUUCAAUAGGCUACUUCUGAGAAAAAAACUUUUUCCUUCAGAAGACUUGGAAAAGGUGUGGAUUAUUUGAUUGAGGCUUCAGCAGCAGAGGCUGAAGCAAUAAGUGCUACUCUAGCGGCUGUGAAGGCUCGGGAACUCAAUGGUGAAGCUGAGGAUCUGCGUGAGAGAGAGAGUUGUGGUGAGGCCAUGGCAACUGGUGGACCCAUCUCCACUGUGAUCAAAGAGCUAGAUUAUGGUCAAUCAAAUAACGGUGGCGCUCCUGGUGUCCGACUACAUCACAGAGCAGUUAGUUUUCAAAUAAAGUUUAAGUUUAUUUAUGCUUAAUUUAUUGCUCUGAAUGACUUGUUCAACCUAUGCUUUGUGGGACUUUGACAUUAGGAUCUUUGUAAAUCCAGAUAGUCGUACAUGCAGAGACAGGUGGUGCUCUGGGUGGUAUGGUUCGGCAGCUCUCCAUUGAUCAAUUUGAAAAUGAAGGCAGACGAGUCAGCUAUGGUACACCUGAGAGUGCAACUGCAGCGAGGAAGCUACUUGAUCGGCAAAUGUCUAUAAGCAGUGUACCUAAAAAGGUUGAUUCUUUUCUUUCUUUUAGAAACCAUCUGGUGAUGUAACUAGAUAUCAAAGAUUUAAUUCUUAUUUUUUAUUCGAAUGGAAAAGUUCAUUAAAGGUCUCUUUAAAAGCUGUUCGUGAUUAAUGGAAAAACUAUGAAAUGUUAUGAGUGUUUUUAUUUCUUUAAAAAAAUAUGUGUAUCGAAAGUUGAGAAGGGUUUUUUAGAAUUAUUAAAUUUAUUACGCCAAGUUUGAUCGCUUUUUCUCAUAGUCUUAUUUUGUUUUUUGAUGCUUUUAUUGAUGUUUUUGAUGUAGAAAAGUUCUGUGGUUUAUCUUCCUUUUUUCUAUAUUUGAGCUCCAAGAGUGUUUAGUAUAGUAAUGAAAUUGUUAUCUUAUGCUUUAUUCAGGUGAUAGCAUAUCUUCUUAGACCCCGCGGUUGGAAGCCUCCUGUACGCAGACAGUUUUUCUUGGACUGCAAUGAAAUCGCAGAUCUUUGUGAUAGUGCAGAACGACUGUUUUCUAGUGAACCAAGUGUUUUGCAAAUCAAAUCUCCUGUGAAAAUAUUUGGCGAUUUACAUGGUCAGUUUGGAGAUCUCAUGCGUCUGUUUGAUGAAUAUGGUGCACCCUCGACAGCUGGAGACAUAGCGUGAGAUGUCUAAUAUUAUAUCAUCUUAGUUUCCAGUCAUGGCUCAUUCUCAGUUAUUUGUUUUACUGAAUGUUACAAUAUUUAAUGUCCAUUCGUCUACUCAAAAGAAAAAGUUACCAUGCUCAUAUCCUGGAAAAUUAGAUUGGGUAUGUGUCUGCGUAAUAGUCUCAGAUGCUACUACCCUCUUACUAUGCUUUCUUUUGCGCUGUAAUUGUUCUCCCCCACUGGCGGGUUAAGUAAUUCUGCUAAAUAGCCAGAUGAAUGCCUUUCCAUAAGCCUUGUCGUUUUAGGUGUUGUGUUACCAGAGAAUAACGUUUGGCUAGAAAGACAAUUUCAGAUUGAUUUUCCCGUUGAAAUUACUUUAGUUCUAGAUUCAAUAGGUUGAUUUAAUGAUCUGUGAGAUGAUGGCUUGAAAGAGAAUUAAGUAUCACGAUGGAAGCACAAUUCUUAUGCCUUAAAAUAUUGCAUUUAGGCAUCAACACAUUCCUCACGAGUGUGGACUCCUGAAAGCACUGCUUCCUGUAAUUAUAUCUGCUUGUACUUAUGAACUUGGUCAAUGAUGCAAUGUAGGUGUAUAACUUAAACUCCAGCACGUUCAAUAUCAUACUUCCUCAUCUACCAGCGGAUUUUUUUUUUUUGAAAUUGGCAUACAAAACUGGGUGUAGAAUGAUUCACCUGCAUGGAAGCGCAAUUAUAUGCAUGCAGGGAUUUAGCCUAAUCAAUACACAUGUAUUUAUCAAGAAAACAGUCAUCCUUGGAAUAUGAAAGCUUAAAAUCAACAUUUCCAUCAAUUAAAUUAUGGAAUUCACCGAUUAUCUCAAGUUUUAACUAAUAAGCCUUGCUUUCCAAGUAUUAAAUUUGUAGAUACUUAUGACCGGAAACUUGGUUUUCAGGUUAAAAUUUAGAAAUCUAGUUAGCAUGAAUUGAGAGUGACAAUUACCAUCAGGCCUGAUGUCUGAAAUGUUGAUUUAAACAUCUUGAUUUCACCAUGGAAAGGCCAAGGAAGGCCGACUUAUUUAUUCUUAGUAUUAUCAUUGGAUAUUCUUUUCAUCAAGAAUCCUUUUUUCUUCCCUAUAUUAAAUACUUCUUUGAUAAAAAAGAAGCUGGUGUGGGUAAUCAACUGAUUCUUAUUGCUGAUGGUUGCUGUUUUCAUUCAUUCCGAAAUGAGUUCAAUAUUUUAAAGAAUUUCAAUGUACUUUCGAGGUACUGGUCUGCAUCUAUGUGGUUACUCAGCUAAUAUGGUCUAUGUUAGAUUAUAAAUAUACCUAAAAUUUUCUCCGAGGGACGUGUUGUUUGUAGCCUUUAGUUGACUUUAUCCUUUUUAUGAUUUUUAAUAAAGCUAUGGUAUUUUUUAUUUUUAUUUUUUGUAAGGCCUUUUACUGGCAGGCUCAUGCAGUAUUUCUCCUUUCAGCUAUAUCGAUUAUCUUUUCUUAGGUGAUUAUGUUGACCGUGGCCAACAUAGCCUUGAGACUAUGACCCUUCUUCUCGCAUUGAAGGUACCAUUACAAUGGUUUCGAUCUGUUCAUUAAGUAAGCCAUAUGAUUUUAAAGAACUGUCAUAUCAUUUUACAUUGUGUUUUGUAUUUUUUCAGGUUGAGCAUCCUCAUAAUGUUCAUUUAAUACGUGGAAACCAUGAGGCAGCGGAUAUCAAUGCCCUCUUUGGCUUUAGAAUUGAGUGCAUCGAGCGCUUGGUACUUACAACAUCAUUUUUUCCUAUCUUUCCUAAAAAAUUGUUUAUUCCAUUAACUAAUUAUGCUGAAAACCAGGGAGAGCGAGAUGGAAUCUGGGUGUGGCACCGCAUGAAUAAACUUUUUGACUGGCUUCCUCUUGCUGCUCUGAUUGAAAAGAAAAUAAUCUGCAUGCAUGGCGGCAUUGGUCGUUCUAUCAAUCAUGUAGCUCAAAUUGAGAACCUGAAACGCCCAAUUACAAUGGAAGCUGGCUCAGUUGUUCUCAUGGACUUACUGUGGUGUGUCUAUGUUUUUGUCUAUAAUGUUCCUCAACUUAUAACGUCUUACUAUCUGAAAAACAUAACAGUUGUCUGAUGUUCCCUAUCAGGUCUGAUCCAACAGAGAAUGACAGUGUUGAGGGGUUGCGACCAAACGCCAGAGGCCCAGGCCUAGUCACUUUUGGGGUCAGUGUUUUUUUUUUUUUUUCAUUUCCUACUUAUUUAUAUGAUCAAUGUCUUUUUUAUUUCCACCAAAAAAAAAAAAUCUAGAUGUGGACAGGCAUCUAGUGGCUCAAAGAUUUAUGGCAAUGGUAAGAUAUGUUGAUGGGUUGUCACUAUCCAAAUCAUCUUUCUCGUCCCGGAUCUAACCUCCAAUAGAGCCACAUCAUCCUACAAGUUUCUGAUUUAACUUCAAGAUCAUGCUCCAUGUAUUUCUGUUUUCUUUAGUAAAUUACUAUGGUUAACUAAAAAAUACCUAAAACUGUGAUAUUAUGGCAACAUUCUUCUCAGGUUCAUUCUAUUUUGGUGUUUUUAUUCGAACCGGAUUAUGAGAACUAUGCUGGUGUUGGCUCUUUAAAUCCCUAGUAGAUAUCUCGUGCUGUCAUGUAAUUAAAGUUUAUCAUUUUCAUUGAAGAAAGAGUUUCAAAAGGCAUUAUUAUUAUAUCAUUAAAGAUGCUGGCGACUAUGCUCUAUAUCUGAAAGUAUAUAAAGGUAUAUAAUAAAUUGAUAAAAAUCGGACGUUGUGAGACAAACCCUCGUAAUGUGUAGGCACAGUUAUUUCGAAAGUAUGUAGCACCCUCCAUGCUUCUUUCGCCUGGUUUGGUGUGAUUCAAGAAACAUAUGCAGCUUGUGUAUGAAAGGCACCUGGACACUGAGGAGAGAGGACAGUUGGUAUCAGUAUGCACGGCCAUGUGAUGGAGCUGAACCUCCGCCAUAGCUAUCCUGCUUCUGAGCUCUUGAUUCACCAUCUGAUCUGUUUUCCUUUGGCUUUGUUCUUGAACCCAUUACUAUUAGUGGAUACCCUGAACUCAGAGGACUGAGGUACAGCAUGGCUUUUUCUUGCUGUUAGGGGAAGACUGAAACAAAAAACACUCUUGUCGUAGGGAUUCCACCUGGUUGAGGACUUGUUCUAGGGUUUGAGGCAAAAAUAUCACUGGCAGUGGCCAAGGAGGGAUCAGCAUUGUAAAGUUUUGGGUGAUGGGUCACCGAGUGUGCACCUAUUCUUUCUACCCUAGACAGGACUGCUACUCUGGCUUAUUCCUUCAUCAUUUCUUCAGCUGAGUGAGGAGAUGGUGGUAGGAACGAGGUAUACUACUAAACGUUAUAAUGUUCUCAUUUUUCAGAAAAAAGAGGGUGUUUGUGCCUUUAAUUUUAUUAUUAGUCAUUUAUUCUUUCUUGUUCUUAGCUACCCCUACAGGUGCCUUUUUAGGAUUCGCCCAAUUUAUAAAUAGAUUGGGGAGCAACCACUUCACCUUUUCUUUUCUUUCUUUUUUUUUCCUUUUUUUAUUUUUUUAUUUUUUAUUUUUUUAUUUUUAUUUAUAUAUAUAUUUUUGCUUGUUGUUAACCCAUCAUGGUCCUUUUCUCUGCUUUUCUAUCAUGAUGGUAUCAAACCAUUUUUUUUUUUACGGAUUUAGUAGGAUUUUCGGCACCCACUUAGGAAGAAGAAAGUUUUUUUUCCAAAACUCCAUUAAUCCCUCCAUUUUUUUUACUAUUUUUAUGCUAUAUAGUGGGUACUUUUGGAGAUUGGUCAACGCCUUUCCUUCCCUUGCUGCUCUCAUUGAGUCUAUGGAGAGUGGAAGAGACCCGAACCCAUCCAUCCCCUCUGUUCUUGGAAUUGGAAAUCUUUCCCUCUGAAUGGUUUCAUCGAAGCUACAUGGUAUGCCAUAUUUGGUAAUCAUCAUGCCAUCAUUGAGGUGGUCCACAGACGAUAACACUGUGGUUUCGUCGGUGGUCAACUUUGUCAACCCGUGAUUCUAUGCAACAAGAUGGAUCGUUAUCCAUAGUACUUGAAUAGCCCAGAUUGCGCUGUACAAGGUGAAGAACUAUAAAAAGUCUUCGCAGCAAGUGCAAGGAGCUUGACCGUCGUUCAUUGAGGAUUGCUACUUAUCUGAGGAGAGGAUUACGAGAUUCUUCUGGAGUAUGGAUAGAGGAAGAGUAUGAGGCGUUGACACAUGUAACUUAGGAUCCAAUGGCCUUUUUUUUUUCCAGGAUUGUGGGGGAUCACCUCUGCCCUUCGAUUCAAUGCCGCUGCUCAUGAUGUCGAUGAGUCUCUUUGGCCGUCGACUUUUCUGAAAUCUGCUACCCGCUCAUUUCCAGUUGUUCUUCUGUUGCGCGGUUGACUAGAUUUUUCUAUCCAGAUUUUUAUUUUCUUUUUUUUUUUUUGGGGAAACGAACAAAAAUUCUGAAAGCGCUCAUCGAUGCAGCCUGACCGCGUGAUGGAAUUCUGCAAGAACAACGACCUCCAGCUGAUCAUUCGGGCACACGAGUGCGUGAUGGACGGGUUCGAGCGCUUCGCUCAGGGCCAUCUGAUCACCCUCUUCUCGGCGACCAAUUACUGUGGUAAACCUGCGUUUCUGCUCGUCCACGUGUCACCCCUCCUCCUCCUCCUGCUGCUUGAAAGUCAACCCAUCUUGUUCUUGCAGGUACGGCGAACAAUGCGGGCGCUAUACUGGUCCUGGGGAGGGAUCUGGUGGUCGUUCCGAAGCUCAUUCACCCCUUGCCGCCCCCCGUCGGCUCCCCUGAGGCAUCCCCGGAGCACCACACCGUGGACACGUGGCUCCAGGUGAAGUCAACCUUGGGUCUGAGUCUUCCUUUCUGCUGCCUGUGUGACUGCAACUUGGCUUUGGGGGUUGACUUUCUUUUGUUCUCCUCCGAAACAAGGAACUCAACGCCAACCGGCCCCCGACGCCGACCAGGGGCCGCGCUCCGGCCGGGAACGAUCGACCUUCCCUCGCCUGGAUCUGA